AUGGACUACCAAAACGAGUUGGUGAGACAGCUCCUUAACCAAAUAGAUUUGGUCCAAAAUCUUGGCCUUGGACAACAUGGCGAAGAGAAAAGGAUAGAUGAACGCGCAAACAGGCAGUUUGAGAGGUCUCAAGUAGGUCGAGCGAGAACGAGCAGACAAGAAGAAGGACAACAAAAUGACCAACAUGUUGUUAUGUCACAAGCAACCGCAAGCAUCCACAAGCCACGCUCCAAGCAGAAGAAGUAUCCAAUCUAG